CUGAGUGUUCAGGUGGGCCGAGCUUUGCUCUCCUGAGGCUGCCUCUUAUCCUAAACCAGUGUCUGUGCUGUACAAUGUUUUCUUUCCUCAUACUUUGACCGAAGCCCGUCGUCUGACGGAGACUGCCGGACAUGGCGUGCGCCGACCCGGAGGUCCACUUGUCGUCGGUUCCGCUCAUCGCGCUGAACAUGACCGUGAGGAAAAAGUUGGGACUUUAUCUGAACCCCAAACACACCGUGGCCGCGGACUGGAUGGCUGUUGCAGAGGCCAUGGGCUUCACUUACCUGGAGAUCCAGAACUACGAGGCGUCCAACAACCCCACCAAGAGGGUUCUGGAGGACUGGCAGGCCCGGAACUCUGAUGCGACGGUGGGAAAGUUGCUGUCAAUCCUCCGGGAGGUGGAGAGGGAGGACAUAGUGGAGGACCUCCGACCUCUGAUAGAUGAGGAUGUCAGGAAGUAUUAUGAGAAUCUGAAGAAGUCGUCAGAGCCUCCACUUCAGGUUCCUGAGGUCGACAGCUGUGUCCCUCGCACCCCGGAGAGGUUUGGAAUCACCGUGGACGAUGACCCCGAUGGUGCCCCUGAGUUGUUUGAUGCCUUCAUCUGCUACUGCCAGAGUGACUUUAAGUUUGUCCAUGAAAUGAUCCGGGAGCUGGAACAGACGGACUACAAGCUGAAGCUGUGUGUGUUCGACAGAGAUGUGCUGCCGGGCUCCUGCGUAUGGACCAUCACGAGCGAACUCAUUGAGAGGAGGUGCAAGAGGAUGGUGGUUGUGAUUUCUGAUGAAUACCUCGACAGUGAUGCCUGUGACUUUCAGACCAAGUUUGCCCUCAGCCUCUGUCCUGGAGCUCGAAGCAAACGCCUCAUUCCUGUCAUCUACAAACCAAUGAAAAAGCCCUUCCCCAGCAUCUUACGCUUCCUCACCGUUUGUGACUAUACCCGGCCUUGCACGCAGGCCUGGUUCUGGGUACGGCUUGCUAAAGCUCUCUCACUGCCAUAGACAUGAACCAGACAAAUGAUCGUGUUUUAAAGUGCCUUUUUUUUAAAAAUUCCAUGCAAUGGAUCAUGUCUGACAAUGGCCAAAUAUUACAGGUUUAAUUAUGCGUUAUUGCUUGUGAUCCAUAUUCUGCUGGCUUCAGAAACUACCUGUAAUUUUACUGUGUGGAAACGUUAUGUACUUUAAUGCUUCCAUUUGCAUUUCCUUUGAAAAUUACAUAGAUUUCUGUAAAUUAUCAUUAAAAAAGUCAAGCUGUACAAGACUGCCAGAUAUCAUCAUAGUUCUCACAGCACAAACGAUUACCAUGUUAACACUGGAGCUUGUGCUUGCCACUAUUUAGUAUUUAUAUGGGGGGUUUUUCUACUCAAGGCGGGAUGUUCUUUUUUUGUUGGCCACUUCCUUGUAUGAGUCGACUUCUAGAUGAGAUUGAAGCUAAAGAGGAAGAGAUGUUGUGACUGUGACACUUUCACAUGUGCAAUUUUACUAACAGCUGACACCUGCCUUUUCUCUCUUGCACUUUUUCCCACCACAAUGUCUUCAAUUUUGUAUUUUUGAUAUAAAACGGUUUCAAAAUAAAUGAAUUUUAUUCUGACUUGAACAAAUUCUCUGUAUGGGAGUCUUCAAAAUAAAUGUUUUACAAUUUA